GCGCGCCGCGCGCACUCGCUCUGUUUCUAUCCGAGCGCGUGGUUUCUUCACGGAUGUUUGUGUGACGGAGAAACUUUCUCAGGACUGGAAACUCAGUGUCUGGAUACGGCCGACAGUUAUCGAUGAUGGAGGUUACUGUUAAUGAGCGACGCGCGAGCUGCCGGAAUAUUGAGCGCGCUGGGUCACGCGCGUCUGGGCGCGUCACACAUCAACACUUUCUCCAUUAGAACAGCUGGAGCUCAACGGGUGCAGUCUUCAGUAUGAGAGCCGCUCUGAACAUCUGUGUCGCUGUGAUCCUGUGGCCGAUCUUCAUUUGCCUUGACACACACUCCCAGAGGAAGAUCCAGUCCUAUCCGCUGACUGGUUCUGACGGAGCGGGGUCGAGGUCAGGGUCGUGGAGCUCCUGGGGUUCGUGGGGUUCGUGUUCGCUCUCCUGCGGGGGAGGAGUUCAGGAACGGAUCAGGGUCUGUCGGGUCGAUCCCAGCGGAUCAGCGCCGGGACAGCAGAGACGCCAGAGCCUCAGGCAUGGAUGGAGACAAGCGAGCAGUGGCAUCAGUGCAGGGACAUAUGGGUAUGGCAGGACUUCAUACGUAACGCCUCUACUGAAGGAUUCUGGCCGAAUAUCCCAAAACACACGUAGACGAUCAGCAUUAGACGUCCCGCUCCAGAGUUACAGGACUCAGCGUAGAACCGUCCAUCAGAACCAGCGCACUCACCGACCAGCAGCGCAGAACCAGCUGUACGGCGCGGUCCAGAACGCCUCCUGCCCCGGAGCCCAGAACCAACACAAGAUCUGCAACGCCACGGCCUGUCCGUCAUCCAGCAGACCAAUCAGAGACGUGCAGUGCUCCUCCUUCAACACGCAGCUCUUCAUGGGGAGACUGUACCAGUGGGAGCCUUUCCACGACGUGUCCAGUGAUCAGGGCUGCGAGCUGAACUGUCGGGCCGUCGGCUUCAGGUUCUACGUCCGUCAGUCGGAGCGAGUCGUCGACGGGACUCCCUGUGGACGCGGCGGGACAUCGGUGUGUGUGGCGGGAAAGUGUCAGAGCGCCGGCUGCGAUGGCCUGUUGGGUUCUGGGAAGGUUCCUGAUAAAUGUGGCGUGUGUGGAGGGGAUAACAGCGCAUGUAAGCUUGUCUCGGGCCUGUUUCAACACAGCCUGGCCAAAGUGGGCUAUCACAAGAUCGUGGAGAUCCCACCGGGAGCCACCAAAAUAAACGUCACGGAGAUGGUGAAGAGCAGGAACUAUCUGGCUCUACUCAGUCGGUCUGGCCGAUCCAUUAUUAAUGGAAACUGGGCCAUCGACCGUCCAGGAAUGUACGCGGGAGUUGGAACGAUGUUCAUGUACCGGCGGCCCAAUGAGAUCAGCAGCAGAAGCGGAGAGUCGCUACUGGCCGACGGCCCGACCAAUGAGAUCCUGGACGUGUAUAUGAUCUACCAGCAACCCAAUCCAGGCGUCCAUUACGAAUUCCUGAUGCCGUCCGAGAGCGCAGUCGAUGCCCAGCGCCCGGAGGAGAACCGGCUGCACGUAAAUGUUGUGAACGGUCAGACGGGUUCUGAUGCCAACGGCCAGUCGACCCUGGAGGGUCACGAGGGGUCAGGGGUCAAGUAUCCUCCACCCAUCCCGGAUAAUCAGCUUCCCGAAGCUCCGCCUCCAAAGCGAGUCCGGGAGUAUAACUGGAAGCUCAGCGGCUUCAGCGACUGCAGCGCCUCUUGUGGCAGAGGCAGCAGGUUCUCCGUGUUCGUCUGCGUUCAUCGGGUCACUCACACACACGUGCCGAUCGGUCUGUGUGACGGCAGCACCAGACCCAGCGCUCAGGAGGAGCCGUGCAACGUCCAGCCCUGUCCCGCUUUCUGGGACGUCGGCGAGUGGUCGGAGUGCAGUAAGACGUGUGGUUUGGGUCUUCAGCAUCGCCAGGUCUUGUGUCGUCAGGUGUACGCCAACCGCACGCUGAACACACACUCCAGCCGAUGCCGCGCGGAGCGGCCCGAGACCAGCACCACCUGCCAGAUGAAGAUCUGCAGCGAGUGGCAGAUCCGCUCCGACUGGAGUCCCUGUUCUGUGCCCUGCGGCGUGGGUCAGAGGUCACGUGAGGUGCACUGUGUCAGUAAUGUUGGCGAUAUCGUGGCAGACGACGAGUGCAACAUGAAACUGCGUCCCGGUGACGUGGAAAACUGUGACGCGGGUCCGUGUUCGAAGAGCUGGUUCUUCAGCGAGUGGAGCGCUCAGUGCUCUGCGGACUGUGGCGUGGGUGUGCGGUCUCGCAGUGUUGUGUGUCUCAGCGAUCACAGCAGCGCUCUGCCUCUGGAGGGCUGCGGGUCCGAGCGGCCGGUCCAGACUCAGUCCUGCGACAGCGGCCCCUGUGAGAGCCACACCGAGUGGGUCACCGGGCCCUGGACUCAGUGCUCAGCGGAGUGUGGCGUGGGCAGUCAGCACAGGGCAGUGGUGUGUCUGAUGAGCUCAGGCGAGGGUUUCUCGGUGAUGCCGGCGUUCGAGUGUUCGUCUCUGGACCGACCGACCAGCCAGAAGAACUGCUUCGUCAAAACCUGCGCAGCAAAGUGGUUCCACACCGAGUGGAGCGAGUGCUCUAAGUCGUGUGAGUCCGGUUACCGAGUGCGAGAGGUGCGCUGUCUCUCUGACGAUCACAUGACCAGCAGUGACCUUUGUGAGCAAACACUGAAGCCACACGAGAGGGAAGAGUGUAACCCCGAGCCCUGCCUUCCUCUGAUUGAUGAAAAGUGUCGUGAUAAAUACUUCAACUGUAACGUGGUGGUCCAGGCCCGGCUCUGCGUGUACGACUACUACCAGACGGCGUGUUGCGCGUCGUGCCGGCGCGCGGAGAACAACGGGCGUCGGUCAUGAGCACACCGCCGUCUCACACACUCCCUGCCGGAGCGAGAGACACUGCACACACACACCGCACCGGAGAACGAGCCGAACCGCGUCUGUGGUUCUCCAGCUGAACCCGAACCGAGAUCUGGACCUCGACUGAUCUGGACUGGACCAGGUGCCGUGCAUCAGUGUCACGAACUGAGAGAAUACACGGAGUGUGUGUCACUCUAUUAACAGCCUGUUCAGUUCAGUUCAUUUCAUUUCAAUUCAGUUCUGUUCAGUUCUGUUCAGUUCAUUUCACACUGCGUGGAUUUAAUCUGAAUUCAGUUGAACUGCUGUGUGAACGUGUUCAGAUCCGGUUCUCAGUUCAGAUCUCACGUUCUCAAAGUUUUGAUCAGACGUCCUCUCUGUAAUGUUACUAUAACGUUUGUUCAAAGUCUGGUGUUUAAUAAGCUUCUCCAAACGUUAGCACGAACACUUUAUCUGUACGUCGUUUAUGUUGAAUGUUCGUUUGAAAUUUUUUAAAUGUUGUUGCUUGUUUCAGAACGUUCAAGAGUAACAUUUCAAUGAUGUUUGCAAAACAUUCGAAUAGCCAAGAAAAAAACGUUAGUGUUUAAAACCUGGAUGUCAGAGAACAAUAAACGUGUUAAAGUCA